GACAAUGCAUCGAUGUAUACUAGCUUCGGCAUGUUAUGCUUUUCUGGUCCAUACGCUUCUGCUGGAAUCUGCUGUUGAAGGUUUCGUCAAUACAAACAUAAAUAGUCGGAUCGUUGCCUUUUCCYCCCCAAAUAAGUCAUACUAUUCCGCUCAAUUUAUCCCCCGAGUCAUGAGUGUGAAACCGACAUCUCAGGGCGAUGAGACWAUGUCGGUGGCUGGCCAGCCCUCCUAUCAAAUUGCAGGGCUCGAUUUAUCSUYGCUGUGGGUCGAUUUGGUGCGACAAAACAAGGUAUCGGCUUCGAUGGCUAUGYCUCCAAGGACAAACAGUGGGGAAGACGGAAGCGAGGGCCAAACGACAAACAUCGAGGUCGAAUACGGGAUCCGUAUGGUCGAGACSAGCAAGAGUGGCUCGGACCAAAGCACCGAACACGCCGGAACGGCAUUCGAGGAAUACGUSAUGCAGAAGGGACUCGGAGGAAGCGAACCCGUUUCGCYGGAUCCAUUCAUCUCGAGCAUCAACGCCACGCUGGCUAAGAAUCGGGGGCCGGCAACKAGGUUCGAGCGGGUGGGAAAUUUCGUGUCGCAGCUCCAGCUGGUUCGAACGCUCCGUCCGCCCCCAUCCGAGGGGUUUCUGGACGCAACGACCUCGACUCCCCCRCCCUACGAUGCGGCGAUCGAUUCCUUCGUCACCGGACCGCUGCGGCUGGAACUCCGACCGCUCGUCGGUCGCCUCGAAACGGGGGGCAACGAYGGUCCACCGACCACAACUCCUUGGGACGUCUUUCACAACAUCAGUCCGGCGGAUCGCCGGGGCCAUUUCCUCGUCUUGCCGUCGYUGAUKGACAAGGAACGCAACUGGAGGGGUCAGAAGUUUCUCGCAGACGACUGCCACGACAUGGUUCGCUUGGCAGGUGCCAUCGAACCCGCGGGAUCGAUGUUUAUUGGCUACAAUUCGGUGGGUGCAGGAGCGAGCCAAAACCACAUCCACUGCCACUCGUGGCCGUACCCGAACUUUGUCACCGACUCCGGCGAGGCUUUUCAAUACGCCGUUGCCGGUGUCAGCAAAAUUUAUGAUUUCUACGACAUUUUCGAUGGUGUAGUAGAGGUGUCCUACCUCAACUACCCGGUAUUUUGCGUGCAAAUGUCGUCGUGUAAGGAACAUCUCGACCUUCUUGGAAAGGCUGUUGCUGCGUGCGUAGAAGCUAUCGGCGAAGCCCCCCACAACAUCGGAUUCUUAAACCGUAUCUCUGUGAUAGAAGGGGAGGACGAGGAGGAGGAAGAGGACGACGACGACGACGAAAGCCAACACACCGGAGACGUCGAUGCAGCCAGCCAAGMACAAGAACAACUCGAAAUGGUGGACGUCUUUUUGUUCGCCCGUUCCAAGGAACGAUCGAGUCUUGUCCCGACCCUCAAACUAGGAAUCAGCGAAAUGAUGGGYGUMUUUCACGCACAGAGCGAAGAAGAACUGGAGGUUCUUGCCUCGGUCCACACGGUCGCCAAAGAACCGGAUCACCACGAACACGACGAGGACAUCGAGCGCGACUUUUUCGAUGUUCAGAGAAAAUCUACCAUGGAGCUGGCGCUUGCCGAUGUCUCGAUCGAGAAGGACGAGGAGCUGUGGGAACGGAUAGUGGAAAACCUAGCGGCGCUCGAAGGGAGCGAGGCCUGAGAAACAAAUACGUACGGUACCGUACUGGCUUUUGCGACUUGUUUUUUUCUCUGCGGUGUCUCGACCGCGAACAAGGCGGUGCACAAGAUGCCGGCACGACCGGGAACAGCCCCACGGGUGCGUCCCUAGCCCGCCGCACCAUACCACAGGAACCAUUGGAGCACGAGAGCGUUGCAUGCAAUCCUUUCGUCCAUGCCGGUUYGGUUUCGAGCACGGCACGGCACGAGUGCCGUGCAUCACGACCGUUUCUGCGUUUCGGCGCACCGGUUCCUGCGACGCAAUGCGACGGGCACACAAACAGAUUGYUACCGAGGGCAAACACACCAUAGCAGUAACAAUAAAACAAUAACAAGAAG